UUGUUAAACGCUAAAUGAGAGCCGCUCCAAUAAAGCGCAGUUUGAACGCGUGUGACACCAGCGUGAGUCGCGCGGCCUCUCACCUGGAAACAAGAUGUUUGGCUUCCACAAGCCGAAGAUGUACCGCAGCAUAGACGGCUGCUGCAUCUGCAGAGCCAAGUCUUCCAGCUCCCGCUUCACUGACAGCAAACGCUACGAGACCGACUUCAAGAGCUGCUUUGGACUGGGGGAGGCGCGCUGUGGGGACAUCUGUAACGCCUGUGUCCUCCUGGUCAAGAGAUGGAAAAAACUUCCAGCUGGAUCCAAGAAGAACUGGAAUCAUGUGGUUGAUGCAAAAGCUGGAUCGAGUGUAAAGGCCACACUGAAGACCAAGAAGAUGAAGAAGAAGAAACUGAGGCCGAGUCAGAUUAGUCGUGUUCAGAGCGAGCUGAAAAGAAGCAACUCAGACGCCCACAGCACUACCUCCAGUGCCUCGCCUGCACAGUCGCCCAGCUACAGCAACCAGUCAGACGAGGGCUCCGACACAGAGCUGGCACCCGGCGCCGCCCCGCCGCCGGCCUUCUCCUUCCUGGACCUCACAUACUGGAAAAGGCAGAAGGUGUGCUGCGGCAUUGUGUACAAGGGACGCUACGGAGAAGUGAUCAUCGACCCCCACCUCUACAAGCCCUGCUGUCAGAGGAAGCCCGACCUGCACCAGCCACAGGACCAAGGUGGUCUGCUGGAGGAGGAGGAGGAUGAGGAGGAGGAAGAGGAGGAGGAGGAGGCGGCAGCAGCAGGAGAGAACGCAGUGAGCACAUCACCACUCCCCAAACCUAAAGAAGAAGAAGACGAGGAGGAGGAGGAGGAGGAUGAAGGCAGCACAGGGUUGGUAUAGUUUCCAGUGACAGACGGACACAAACAGUAGAACACUGAUGACCGCUAACAGUCAACCAAACACAACACCAAUGGUCCAAACCACCAUCACUGUCAUUUUUCAAUGGUUUCCAAGCUGCUGCUAUCCUUCCAGACAUUUUGUUAUUCCCUGGACUGGAUCUUCAGACUGGUUCUGUUUUUUGGUGUCUUGACUUGCUAUGAGAUUCUAUUCUUUUUUUUUUUCUUUUUUAAAUAAAUACUUUAUUUUGCUCUGUCUAAAAUGCUGGAUUGACGAUCGCUGCAUGGAAACCUGGAGACCUCUGAGAUCCACCCUUUACUCUUAGGAUGGAGCCAUAAUUUGGGUCUUCCACUCUUUGCCUUUCCUCUUCUUGAUGUCAGAAGUUCAGUUGUUUAUUACAAACCAUAUGUGUGAAGCGGAGUAAAUCCAUUUCCACUAUGUUGUGAUGUGGCUGUGUCUCAGAGCUAGCCAGACGCUAGUGGUUAGCUGCUACGUUCAUACUAACUGGAGAGUUCAUGUGUGAGCACAAGCCAGCCUCUCUAACCCAUGUCACUGACCAGCAGAUCGGGCUGUCAGCUCCUGGAGAAAGUUAAGUUUGAGCAGUAAUUCGAAUGCAACCCCUGAAUUCUAACCCCAGACUGAGUGGUAGGAUUAACACUGCAUUCAUCUGUGGCGUCUCCACACAGACCUCCUUCUGUUCUCUUUCUGCAGUCACUGUGGGCUCAUUUUUAUCACUGCAGUAAAAUGCAACAUAAACAGCAAAACCAGCGACCUCAGAGAUGUUUUCUGUGCAGUUUGACACAGAAUGACGUAAAUCAUUAAAGAAUGAAGUUUAUAUUAUUGAUUAUUUAGUUUACAAAAAUUGAAAAAACCUGGAAUUUAACAUUUUGUCAAGUGUCCACAUGUGUUACCAAUACUGGACGUAUCUGCGACGUUAUGUGCUCCAGAUAUUUAACUGCCUCUAAUUUGUCUCCUCUGUGCUGCCUGCAGUUCAGCUGAACAGUUCCACAGUGCUUCGCUGUUCGACUGCUGCUCACAGCUGAGUCAUGGUUACACUGAGCAGUGUUGGAUUUUUGUUUUUCCAAAAUCUACAACAUGCUUUGGCCAAGUUUUAAAGUGAAACACAGAAUUAAGUGAUUUUGAUCAAACGGUCACGGUUUGGAUCAGUGUCCUGACAGAACGGCACAUCACAGAUGAGUCAAAAAGUUGAAAAUCCAACGCUUCUUUCUGUCUUUACAAUCUGUGGCUCUGAUUAAUUAUGUGAUUUUUGCAACAGUUUGAAAGAUGACGUGCUUUUUAAAGCUGCCAGCUGGUUUUGGGCUUCAGUGGGUUCAGUGAUGUGCUCACAUAACCGUAGAGUUUAGUUUUACAAAGUCAGUUUUACCUUUUGACCACGAUUGUGAUGUAUCCAAAGUGCUUCCCUACUUCUUACGUCUGAUGGUUUAAUGACAUUGAUACGUUUUCUGUAUGGCUCACUAGUUCUCUCCACGUUGCAGAGAUGACCGUAGGCUCAGUUGCUGAUUGGGCGACAGGCAGACAGUAGCUCAGAUGUGCACUGCAUGUUUCUUAUUUACUAUUAGAAGUUUAAAUGAAAACGCGCCACAACCAGACAAAUAUUAAAUGUUUUCCAGCAGCAACUAGAACUUCACAUGACAAGCUAAAGACCUAUUGGACAGUUUACUCCAGAGACGUACUGAAUUAGUACCGUGCAAAGCACCGCGAAUGACCUUUGCAUGAUGGACUC